AUGAACUCCUUCCUCCUCCGCAGCAAUUCGUCUCAUCACCCGAAUCGCCCGGUUCGCGGAACGACACCGUCACAAGCGAGACCUGCGGCAGGGGGCAGACCCCUCACCCACGGCGCACCCAUCCCUUCCAAAGUGCUUCCCAGCUCGACGUAUAGCGCCACUGCCAUCGCUACCGGCGCCCCGUCGUCUCCGGUCGAUUCGACGCGUCCUCCCCGCCCCAAAUCGACACUGGGCUUCUCCUCCAAGUUCGCCUUGUCGUGGAAGAACUCACUCAAAUCGUCCACUUCGGCGAGAUCGGCAUUGACGAAAGCCGCAACGGCAAGCAGCCCCAGCUCGGCUAUCAGCAACAAAGCGGAGGACUCAGAGAUUAGGGCGAGCGGGGAUAAGAUACCAGGGGAACGAGUCGGCGGGAUCAGGGGGUUACGACGCAAGGUCAGCUCGGAGUGGUGGGCUCGACCCGCUACACCUGCGGCGCUCGUCAGAGUACCUACCAUACCCACUACGCCCACACCCCGAGCUCUUGCGAAAUCGACCGGUCCGCGCAUCCUGUCAACUCCUUCGCCAGCUCGACAGCUGAGCCCCUUCGUCCCUGUCACCAGGAGCGCCGCGACCACCCCAACCAAGCCCCUUGGCACCCGAGUACCUCUGCCUCUUGCCUCGCCGCUUACAUCGUCAGCUCGGAAGGUAGAGGCGGAGGAUCACAGGAUGAGGGCUGUGCAUGCGGAAUGGCGAGCUGCCGCUAGGGGGAUGGAGGGGGAUGCCAGGCAAUGUCUGAUGGGGGCGGUUUGCAUCAGCAUUACGGACCCGCUAGAGGGAAUCAAGGAGGAGCACAUGAACGCCUUUGCGCCUCGCCGACCGGCCAUCAGGCUUCUUCCUCCCCGCACUCUUACCCCUUCAUCCUCAGCCCGACCGCUGAAGAGCCCAACCCGCAGCAUCACCAGGCCUACAGCACCUACAGCGGCGACCACCCGACCAUCCCGCGCGCCCGUAACAGUCUCCACCUCUACCUCCCCCAUACCUUCUCCGUCCCCGACCCCUCGCUCGCUCUCCCGUCCCAAGCCGUGUCCAUCUCCCACACCGCUCACCCGACGCCCUCUUGCCAGUCGACGCACUAUCGAUGCCACUGCCCCGCUCACCCCACGCCAGGGAGUCACCCCUCGAUCAGCUCGUCGAAUGCGAAACAGCCUCAAAAUGACCCCUCUUCCUGGCGGCACAGGCGGUGGGCACCUCCAGCCUGUCGCUUACAUCCCGCUCAAGUCUCCGGCCGCAUCCCCGAGAACCAGUAGGAUUGUUCAGGAUGAUGGAGGUGAGAUGAGGAAGGUGUCAGGCGGGUCGUCUAGCUCGAGCGGCGGGGAGGGCACCGUUACCCCUCCAAUGGGACAAGAGGCGGGACAGGAAGAGGUGGGGUCGCCCUGGCAAGUUGUUCGCCCACCCAAAGAUGCCGAUUGGGUUGUCACUAGCCCGAUCAAGCGCUCGAUACGAUAG